AUUUCAGUACUGUGGCAGGCAGAGAGGGAGAAGGGCGCGCGUUUGAGACAGGCAGCGUUAACUGGGCUAACUGUGAAAGCUUACUGAAGAUACCAUGGACACGCGGAGUAGCUUCCAGCUCGGACUCGCUAUUUGCAUCUUCAGCGUAACAUAUUCAGCUAAAGCUAAAAAAUGUGACCCUGGGUUCUACCUUGACAGCAAAAGGAACUGCACUGAUGACAACGAGUGUGGCGAUAAUGAAAGUACUUCAUCCGCAAGGUGUGGUGCUCACACAGACUGUUACAAUACACAGGGGAGUUACUACUGUACCUGUAAGAAAGGCUUCUCAAAUCAAUUAGGAAAGACUAACUUUACCAGCCGGAUGAACUGCCACGAAAUUAAUGAAUGUUACCAAAAGCCACCAGUGUGUGGGCCAAAUACAAUAUGUCAUAACACAAUGGGGAGUUUCUACUGCCUCUGCAAGAAAGGAUUCAUCACGCGAUUGGGACUAACUAACUUUACAGAUGGAAGUGCAGGGUGUAUAGAUAUCAAUGAGUGUGUGACAGACAUAUGCGGCUUGAAUGCAGAAUGCACCAACACAUUUGGGAGUUUCAAAUGCACCUGUAAGAAAGGAUUUACCCCUGGAGAACGUACCUUCACCAAUAAGACAAAGACUGGAUGCCAAAAUGUCGAUGAGUGUUUGAACGUAAUGGAACGUUGCGGCCCCAAUGCCAACUGUGUUGAUGCACUAGGAUCUUUCAACUGUUCCUGUAAGAAUGGCUUUGUCUCAACCGGUGAAGCUACAUUUACCGAUAAAACAAAGAUUCAGUGCAAAGCCGAUCUGUGUCUGUCCCGUAUCUGUGGACCCAAUACAGUGUGUCGCAGUAAAGCUGGCCGAUUCUACUGUGAAUGUAUCGAAGGAUUUUCCUCAGCCUCCGGGGGCGCUAGAGUGACUAUACGAGCCCCCUGCGUCGCUCUGGAAUCCUUACGUCCUAGGUCUUCAUCCUUUCAGGAUGUGAAUACAUUUGUUGGGCAGUCUAUCAAAAGUCUCUUUAAGUUCGAAAAUAGGAAUUCAGAAGAGUUCCAUAGGCUGAUUUCCAAUUUCCUUAACAUCAUAGAAAAAUAUUCAAUCAAAGCUGCUCGCAACUUAAGUCAUGAAGAGAUAAAGAAUUUCUCGACCGACCAAUUUGAUGUCAUUAUUCAAGCUAUCCGGAACAAUACAAUCCCUAAAGGUAGAAGGGCAAAGUUAGCCACUGCUAAUAACAUCAUGGACAUUGAUUGGAACAGUGUGGCUGGGAAGGAAAGCUUUGAUGUUGCUGCCGCCGCUCUUAUCUCAAUCAAACAGCUGGACUGUCUAAUGGGCGCCAACAUUUCAGACAGCGCCGAUAAUGAAACCAAACUGGAGCUGAUCUCUGAAGUCGUCACGGCCACUGUAACCAACACAGACAAGGAGAAUCUUGCUGGAAAUGUCAUCCUAACCUUCAAGCACAAGAAGUACAAUAAUCAAACAACGAAAUGUGUCUACUGGGACAGUUUAGCGUCUGUCUGGUCUACUCAUGGCUGCAUGUUGCAGCAUUCCAACGCAACCCACACCGUGUGCACUUGUACACACCUGUCAAGCUUUGCUGUGCUCAUGGCCCUGUAUGAAAUAAAGGGGCCGCACAUAUACAACCUAGACAUGAUCACCAUAGUUGGCAUCAUUUUAUCGCUUGUGUGCCUCUUCAUUUCUAUCCUCACGUUCACCCUGUGCCGUUCAAUUAAGAGUAUAAGGACCACUAUCCACACCCACCUCUGCCUGAGCCUGUUCUUGGCAGAGUUACUGUUCCUCAUCGGAAUAUCUAGGACUGAAAACAAGACUGGGUGUGCCAUUGUUGCUGGAUUCCUGCAUUACCUGUUCUUGACCAGUUUUGCCUGGAUGCUCCUGGAAGGUGUCCAACUUUACCUCAUGGUGGUGAAGGUCUUCAAUGCCAAGAGCCUUCAAUUGAAGUACAUGUGCCUGUUUGGCUAUGGGUUUCCACUGCUCGUGGUCGGCAUCUCAGCUGCCGCAUAUGCUCAAGGCUAUGGAACAAAAGAAUAUUGUUGGUUGGAUCUGAAGUCAGGGUUUAUCUGGGCUUUCCUCAUUCCAGUCUCCUUAAUUAUUCUGGUCAACGCAGGUUUCUUUAUCAUUACUGUGUGGCGGCUAGUGGACAAAUUUUCAAGCCUUAACCCUGAUAUGAAUGAGUUGAAGAAAAUCAGGGCUUUCACCAUCACCGCUGUCGCCCAGCUCUGCCUCCUGGGGUGUAUGUGGAUCUUUGGCAUAUUACAUUUCCAGGAGAAUACGAUUGCCAUGACCUAUAUCUUCACCAUCAUCAAUAGUCUGCAGGGGGUGUUCAUCUUUACCCUGCACUGUCUCUUUAACAAGCAGGUGAGGGACGAAUAUGCCAAGAUCCUCGUCAGUAUCUGUCACAUGAAGAAAGCCUCAAAAUACUCAGAGUUUUCAACCUCGUCGACCCAGGGGCUGAAAAGCACACACGAGACAGGAAUGUGAACGGAAACACAGUACCUACGCAGGGCUGUCUCGAGAGCUGCUUGACUAUGUGCAAUUGAGAUAAAGAGAGAGAGAGAGAGACGGCAUCGCACUGAAUCACUCUGCUUGGGACUGAAAGUGGUCUAUUAAGUCCCACCCCUGCUAUCCGGGUUUUCCGCCGUCUCUCUGCUUAAAUGCGGUACGAUUUGGAGGAGACGAGAGAAGAAAACCAUUUUGCCAUUCCGAUAUUCAGGAAUGCUUUAAUCCACUUGGGCCACAUCUGCUUUUAACGAGCAUGUCUGUAGCAUGAGCUUGUACAAUUCUAUGAUUUGGCGUGACGCUAUGGUAAUGAUAGCAUGGAGAUUGGAUGACAGAGUGAGUUAUAUGAUGUCCUUUCACCUUGAGGACCCUAGGAUUGAGUCCAUCCCAGGCAGAUGAUGUGAAGGUUCCUUUAGAACCAUAGAAAAGUGACAGCACAGAAGGAGGCCAUUUGGCCCAUCUUGUCCAUGCCAGCAUGAGGACACCCAGGUGCCCUUUCUAAUCCCACCUUCCUGCACCCGGCCCAUAGCCCUGCAGCUUACAGCACUUAAGGUGCAGAUCCAGGUACAUUUUAAGUCCCCCUCUGUUUGACUAAAAGUCCCAUAUGUAAGGGGCAUUCUCAAUCUCAUUCCCAUUAGCUACUGAUUGGACAAGGGCUACUUUCCCAUUAAAUGCUUUUGCAGUGCUGGAGAGGAGGGCUGGAGAAUAUUGUGGGUAGGUGGUAGAGUGAGGCCACAAAGGAAUUAAGAAUUGAUGAUUUUGAAGUUGGAGGACUGGCGAUCGGUAGUGGUUAGGGAGCUGGUGAAUAUAGGGCUGGUCUUUGUAUGAGGUGAGGGGGAUGUAGUGUUGUAGUGUUUUGAAAUUGCAAAUGCACAUAUUGUUCACUUGAACCUGCCAUACAGAACUGUACCUGGAAGACGGUGACUGCAAACAGAAGUGGGGCAUAUGCAGAAACUUUUAUAUCUAUAUAUAUAUAUAUAUAUAUAAGAGCCAUGUCUGCUCGCGCACUUUGAAUUCCGAGCUGUAUCUGGCUGUUUCAAGCCCCAACAACCUCACAAGGUAUGAGGCUAGGGAGUUUUGGGGUGAGUUGCAGUUUGUGUAGAGAUGGAGAUGAGGCUGGAGCAUGCACGAGCUGACUUAAAAAUCAGCCAUGACCUAAACAUUGAGGGGCCAAAUAGCCCAUUCCUGUAGACACGUCCUUAAAAUUUGAGCAUGGGGAUGAGAGUGCUGUUUCCUUGAGGAGCUGAGAUGAGUUGGAGUGGCUGAUAGGGGAAGGGUGGGCUUUGGAUACCUCUUCAUACUGGGCGGAGACAGAGUAAAGUGACAAGAGGGCAUGUGUGAGCUACACAGACCACUCCCCUUUCCCUGUACCAGCCAGUCACUGUCUGGGUUGUUGGAGAGCCAAUAGGAAGGUGGCUCGCAUGUCCCACUGAUGAUAACAGAUUCUGUUUGGUCAAGAUGGCAUCAAAGGCAGAGAUUCCAUCCCCCCCCAUCCCCCUCAACCCCUUUAUUGAUAACGUGCUGAGCACUCCAAUAGCACUGAGAUGCUCAGUGUCAACAACUCACGAGCAACAGAAAAAGGCUGGCACUUAUCCUGGUCACUUGGCAUGAAGCUGGAGUCCAACUUGGCUUCAGUGGGAUAACAUGAACUGGGAACACACAAGUUCCACAGCAGAGGAUCUACCAAUAGCACCACCCGUCCACCAGAGGAUGCGGGCAGGGAAAGUAGGCACACGGAGACGCCACGACCUCCAAGUUUCCCUCCGGUUCACACGUGCAGACCCACUUUAGAUGCAUGAGGGGUAAAAAUACACCACGAUGCUGAGCCCAGUUUGCCAGGUAACUACCAGAAUUAAAACAACGCACAUUACCCAACACAAGAGGACAAGGAGUAACUGUGUGAAGGUCUAGUAGUGGAACAGCUGGCCAGGUCACAAUACGCUGUUAAGUUAAAAUGUUUAGGAAAAAAAAAGUGUAAUCCUAUUUAUGAAAACAAGCCCCAGCGAUUAGCAACUGCUGUUCUGUUUAUCAGUUUAUAUUUUUAUAUUCUGCUGUUUGUAAAUGUUUGUAAGUGUUCGCAGCUUUGAGUUUUGUUUUAGAAAGAGAGGGAUUCAAGUUAACUUAGCUCCCCGCCCAGUCAGGGACAGGGCGGGUUUGAGUCCGACGCGUGUGUUUACAUCCAGCCGGUGGGUGGCCUUAAUUCACAGGGGCAUCUGCUCCAUUGCUGCUCCGCGUCUUUUCGGGAUGAAAGGCAGCCGGCCGACCCUGGGAGUAGGAACCCAGGAUUGGCUGCGGAUGGAGAAUGGCCUUGCCCCCCACCACCAACACCACCCCCCCCCCCCCCCAACCCCCACCUUGCGGGCUGCCUGGUCGGAGUAGGUCAGAGGGGAAACUGGGCGAGGGGCACCAUCGAGCGCCCCUACGCCGGCGCCCUUCACAGCCGCUGGUGCCGGAGUCGGCAUCGGAGCAGGACGCGGUCUGCGGCGGCUGCUCGCUUGCUCUCUCUCUCUCUCUCUCUCCCUAAAUCAGCGGGCUCCUCCGCUGAGCUGACCUUACCAGCUGAGCACAGUGCACAACCUUGUCAACCCCCGCCCCCCACCCCACCAUCACCCCAAUCCCCCCCCCCCCAACCAUGAUACCCAUCCCCAUUCCGUGCUCUCUGGUUCGUCAACCCAAACAUCUCCCCACACGUUUUAGCAAUUUUCCUUGAUGUUGUCAAAUGUUUGGUUUUUUGUUCGUGUGUCAUGUUGAGAAAUGUUCCGUUUUUGAAAAGGCUGAUUUUAGUUGAUUUUAUUUUAUUUUUGUUUUGCGUAACGUCUCGUCCGUGAGGCAGUGCGUGACAAGCUGAGGUAACCGUGUACCAAGGCGCGUUCUGGCGAUGGUUUUCAGUGACGAAUGUAUAUAUAUAUAUUUUUUUUUUUUUCCUAUUGCUGUGUUUCGCUGGAACUCUUUUCACCCUGUGCUGCGGUUUCAUCUUAUCACCAGUCUUCCUUCAAAUAAAAGAGAGAGAGAAGGUU